GGGAAGCUCAAAUGCAGGUUUCGUGCGUGAUAAGCCCGAAACUGAGGUGUCUCGAAGACAGAAAUACCUGUAUAUUUCUAACAAAGUAGGCAAGAUAACUUCUCGGGACAGACUCUAGUCAUAUAUUACUAUUCACUUUUGGUGGUUGGUCGUUAAUAGGACAAAAUGGGUUGCUGGUUUUCCAAAAAAUCUAAAAGAAAAUCACCCGAAAAAGAACCUACGACGACGGUAGAAGAGAACACGACCAGCAACAACAUUGCCCUCAGCAGCAAUGCAACUGAGGAUCCACCUAAACAAUACAGCUGGGACAAGCGUGAAAAGGUUGACCCGAAGGACUUCAUGCUAACGGGGCUGAAGGAUGCCACGGUGGGCCGUCUGCCAGGCAAGCUGAACGGACAGCAGUUUGUCAUCCAGGACUGUGACAACUGUAAGAUCUUCGUGUUGGACCACUCCGCCACCAUCACCAUCGACGACUGCACUAACUGCUGCAUCGUUAUGGGGCCAGUGAAGGGCAGUGUGUUCUUCAGGGACUGUAAGGACAUCAAGUGUGUGGUGGCCUGCCAGCAGUUCAGGACCAGGGACUGUAAGAAGAUGGAGGUGUUCCUGUGUUGCGCCACUCAGCCCAUCAUCGAGGCGUCCACGGGGAUGAAGUUCGGCUGCUUCCAGUACUACUACCCCGAGCUGGCCUUCCACUUCAAGGACGCAGGCCUCAGUAUCUUCAACAACAACUGGAGCAACGUCCAUGACUUCACGCCCGUCUCAGGGGAGACCAACUGGAGCCUGCUGCCUGAGGACACUGUGGUGUUGGACCACGUUCCAGCCCCUGACCCGGAGUCAGAGUUUAAAUCAGUCCGGAUUUCAGCUGAGGCAUCCCGCAGCAUCGUGCCCAUGACCAAAGGAGGCAGACGCAAGGAGAGUGACGAGUCCUGUCUGUUUGUGUUCUUCUCUGGGGACUACACCACUGCCAACGCCCGGAAACUCAUUGAUGAGGCCUCUGGGAAAGGGUUUGUGCUGAUCCAGACUAAGGAAGUGUCCAUGCGCCCAGAGGAUGUCAGCAGAGUGUUCCAGAACAAUGCAGAGGGACUCCUGGAGUGGAUCACCAACGGCCCAGUGACAGCUCUGGAGUUGAAUGGGGACGGGGUAGUGGAGGCCUGCAAGAGCAUGGCCAGUGACCUGUUCAGUGGAACCAAGGUGUUUGUUUCAGACAACAGAAAUACUUCCUCUCGAGAUGUGGACAACUUCUUCAACUUCGCUGACAUGCAGAUGGGCUUGUGAUUGAGCCACUGUAUGACAAUCAACUUACUACACAACCAAGGAUUCAAUCAAAACUACACCACUGAUACACUUUUGUAUGUUGACAUUUUUUAUUGGUAGUAUUAACCCUGGAUAUACCGGUAGGUAGGAGAGCGGACAGGUUAACCAACAUAGUGAAUGUAGGUAGCAGAGAGGACAGGUUGACCAACACAGUGAAUGUAGGUAGGAGAGCGGACAGGUUGAUCAACACAGUGAAUGUAGGUAGGAGAGCGGACAGGUUAAUCAACAUAGUGAAUGUAGGUAGGAGAGCGGACAGGUUAAUCAACACAGUGAAUGUAGGUAGCAGAGAGGACAGGUUGACCAACAUAGUGAAUGUAGGUAGGAGAGCGGACAGGUUAAUCAACAUAGUGAAUGUAGGUAGGAGAGCGGACAGGUUGAUCAA